AUGUCUGGUCUAAUGAACUCGCCAUUCGGGAAGCGGCUUCGUGCUUCACACCAUGAAGCUGACGAAGAGGGCCAUCGCAGGAUUCGACCUCGCGUAAACCCGAUAUUUGGUCUCCCAUCGGGAUCCAGACCGUCCCUUGACUCGCGACCAUCCACCAGUGAAGCCGCAGCGAGGCCACAGUCGCCUCGCGGACGAGACUAUGGCGACCGUUUCGUUCCCUCAAGAGAUGCAGGAGACAUGCGGACCUCUUAUCACUUAAUGGACGGCGUAGCGCCGUCCACGCCAUCUAAGAACAGAAUCAUACCUACGGAGUCCGACGCGCUCAAGGAACAGGCGAAUGCUGUAUUCACAUCCGUCCUACACUCAGAGGUCACUCCUCCUUCUUCAGGGAGAUCUUCCUCGCCUAGCCGGUCGUCAAUAAGUACUCCAAUACCAUCCACACCGACUCGAAAGCGGCUGUUCAGCUACAACUCACCGUCACGAUCUGGUCCCGCCACUCCGACGCGUCGUCUGGAUGCGCCCACAGACGAGGCAUACUCCAUAAGCCCCGUGCGCGCGCAGAGCCGUCAAUUGCUCGAAAGUCCUCGUCGGCAGCUUCGCAGCGUCUGCAAGACGCCGUAUCGGGUGCUCGACGCGCCAGAACUUGCAGACGAUUUCUAUCUCAAUCUCGUGGACUGGUCGAGUACAAACGUCUUGGGGGUGGGUUUGGGGUCGUGUGUGUAUCUGUGGACAGCGCAUACAGCCCAAGUGGCGAAACUAUGUGACUUGUCAGACUCGAGCGAUACAAUCAGUUCAGUAUCGUGGGUUCAAAAGGGUACUACACUUGCUGUCGGCACGCUAGCUGGCCGCUUAAGAAUAUACGACGCAAAUACCCUUCAACUUCAGCGCACAUAUCAACAAGCGCAUACCCAGCGAAUAGGCGCGCUGUCAUGGAACGCGCAUGUCCUUACCUCCGGCUCGCGAGAUCGGAUGAUCCAUCACCGCGAUAUCCGUGAUUCGAUAAGCAAACCAUUCAAACGAUGCCAGGGCCACAGGCAGGAGGUUUGUGGCUUGCGGUGGAGCGGAGACGGCGGGCCACAACCUUCGUUGCUAGCAAGCGGAGGGAAUGACAAUAAGGUCUGUAUUUGGGACCUCAGGGGAUCCAAACGAGCUCGGCCGGGUGCCUCGGGAAGGACCGGUAGUACCAGCGGAAGUGCAAGCAGCACAGGAGAAGACGCGGGUGAGAUUCCGUUGUAUAAGUUUCACGAGCAUACUGCAGCUGUAAAGGCGCUUGCCUGGGACCCGCAUAUAACGGGCGUGCUAGCGACCGGAGGAGGGACUGCAGACAAGCACAUUCGGUUUUGGAACGUGGCCAAUGGGGCGAUGUUGAAUCAAUUGGAUACCGGAAGCCAGGUUUGCAACCUCACUUGGUCUCUCACAUCGCACGAAUUGGUGUCCACACACGGGUUCUCGUCGACGACCGCGCAGAACCAGAUCUGCAUCUGGAAAUAUCCGUCGCUGGAUAUGGUUGCCUCGCUUACGGGCCACACGCACCGAGUGCUGUACCUUGCCAUGAGCUCGGAUGGAGAGACGAUCGUGACCGGUGCAGGGGAUGAGACUCUGAGGUUUUGGAACGCAUUUCCCAAGAGGGACAAUCAUGAAGCGCGAAGAGAGAGCCGGCUCGAUUACGGGCGGCUCAUUCGAUGA